AUGACCGACCAGGCAUAUGUGAACACCAAUGGGCGGUUUGCUGGUACUUGGCUCCAGUACUCUUUCCGCAGCCGGUGGACCCGACACCCCUGGAGAGGCUGUUCCUGGGCACGUUCGCGGCUCGAGAUGGUGGCCACAAGGUGGCUGCGAGAGCAGAAAGCUCUCCUGCUGCUCCUUGGCUCCAUCAUUGCUUUCUACUUCCUCGCAACACGCCAGAUCCCGCGCGACGAUCUGAAGCCAGCGGGGCUGCUGUGCGACACGGCAGCUGAGAUUGAAGUGUGCGCCCACAGAGGGGCUGCUCCCGAGUUGGGAUUCCCGCGACCGGGUCGGAAUGCCAUUCGGGCUGCGUGGGAGCACAAGAUCUGUUGUUUUGACAUCGACGUCAUGCAAACGAAAGAUGGCCAUCUUGUUGUUGCGCACCCCAGACAGCUGCAGGAGUGUGUUGGAGACCAGAUGUUAGACCCCAGGCACAUGGCAGAUAGCUACACACUGCAAGAGCUGUUGGACAAGGGCAUUGGCGAAUGUGAUAUCCCCAAGGUUGAUUCCUUGUUGGAAGAAUUUUCAGCUUUGCUGAAGAAGGGAAUCCCUCAGCGACGACCGAUGAUAUCUAUUGAGCUCAAAGGAUCCUCUUUAAAUGGGGCCAAUAUCGGUCGAAUUUUGGACAUGGCGAAAGAGCUGAGCAUAGUCCAAUACCUCUAUUUUUGGUUUGGCUUGGAAUCUGGCCUGGAUCUGGUGAGGGACAUGAAAGAGUCAGCGCCAGGUGUGCAUGGUGGCCUUGUCUACAAGGACAGAGACAGGAUACAGAUGAACACAGAGGCGGAGAAGAUCAGCCCACGAGUGAGUGGCUUGUACGACACCAUUGUGCCAUCUGUGAAUCUGGAAGAAGCCCUCUUCGCGGAAGCAAGGGAUAAAAACAAGACGAUCGCUGUUUGGACCAUCAACGACGAGGAGCAGAUGUGGAGAUCGAUGCAACUAGGUGCCCACUACGGAAUAUCUGAAUGGCCCUUGCUGUUCAGGAGCGUCGUCGGGCAGGCAUUGAGAAAAUGCAAGAGUCACAAGGAGAGGGAACACACGAGGCAGUUCAUGGACUUCGCGGCCUGA